AUGAAUGAUAGCCUAUUUGCCAGUUUGGACAGACUUUUGCUAGAAUUUGUUUUUCAGUAUGAUCAAGACAUAAGAACUAAAGAAGAUAUAAUUCAACGAAUUAACAAAUGUUUUGAAGAUAUUAAAGAAAACAAAGCAGCUAUUUGUAAGAUCCAUGAAACUAUAAAUACAACAGAUGAAGAAAUUGGCCAUUACUGUAAACAUAGUAAAGAGAUCAAAGACAACUGUAGUAGCUGGAAGCCAACAUGUGAUGUUUUUCAUAAACAUGAAGAUUACAUGCAAGACCAAGUUACUGUUUAUCGAGAAACUCUUGAAAAAGACAAAAAAAUGUAUCAUGACUAUAUAUGCCAAUAUAAAGACGUUUUGAAGCAAUACCAAUUAAAAUAUUCAGAAACACCUUUUUCACGUGAAUAUUAUAAGAAGAAAACUGAACAUGAAGAAAUUAAAAAGAGAGUAUUAGCGUGUUCUGAACAACUGAAAAUGAAUGAAAAUAUUUUUAUGGAAUUUCUAGUGCCUGCUCCCUUUCCAUCACUUACUAAAUGGGCAUUAUACAUGGUUAAUAUGAGAUGUAAGACACAAGAAAUUAUUAAAAUUGCCAAUAAUUUUACCAAAAGUUCAUCUGAAUUGAAGAAAGAAGUAGAUGAAGUGGAACUGGAAAUUAAUUACUUAAACCAGCAGAUUGCAAGACUUCAUGAAACUAAGAAACUUCCUGAAACUCUGAAAGAAAAGAAUAACAUUAAAAAGAAGAAGGAAUUGAAAGAAAGUUUCAGAAUACUUGAAAAAGAUGAACAUGUAUCUGCAUUGGAUAAAAAUAAUCAAAACAGUCAAUUAUUUCUUCCUUUUGAAUCUCAUAAAUUAAUGAGACAAAUAAAAAUGCAUUCUUCAGAACAGAAAGUUAAAGUCAGCAUUCUUGGAACCAGCAGCGAGGAAAUAAAACAAUAUGCUGCAUUAGACAAGCCUGUCAUCAGAGACAGCUUUAAAGUACUAAAGAACAAGGAUAUCACUUUAAAAUCUAAGGUACUUCUUGACUCUGCUGUGAAUAGUAAUCCAAAAAGUUCACAUGUUUCAACUAUUAAAAGUUCACAGAAUGUCAUGCAAUUCAGAUUGUUAACCCCACAGAAACAAUCAUAUUCCUAUCAGUGGUUUGACAAAGGAGAUACAGGACCUGAGUGUGGAGAUAAAGGAAUAGCAAGACAAAUAAGAGAGGCAAAAGGUACUUCAAAAGCUACAUACUCAGAACACUUUGAGAAGCCAGUGGAGAAUAAAACUAAUGAAAUAGAAGAAAGCGCUGAAAAUGCACCCCAAACUCCUGAAACUCCUCUAUCUUUAAAAACUUCUGAAGCUAUGAAAACUCCUGAAUCUUUAGAGAAAUUGCAGUUCCCUAAAACACCCACAUUUGAAAUGAACAGAAAUAGAAAUACAGUAUCUGAAGGACAAACACAAAAGGACUCUCCUGGAUUUUCUUUUCUUUUGAGUUAUACUUCUAGAUCUCCUGGAUUGAAUUUAUUUGAUUCUUCUAUGUUUAAUUCUGAAAUUGCAUCAGAUCAGGCUAAUGGUCAUUAUUCUGCAGCAAAAGUAAAUCCUCAUUCAUCACAACAAGAAAUUGGAAACUUGUUUGGGAAAUCAGAAGAAGAUGCUUUUACAUUUUCUUUUCCAUCAGACUCUUCAACUCCAACAUUUGCAGCUGGAAAAGAUGAUUUUAGUUUUCCAUUUUCAUUUGAACAGAAUCAAAAUACCACACAUACUUCUGCUUUAGAAAAUGUUUCAUCUUCCUCACAAAAUACAACACAAUUUAAAUUUUUUUAA